CCACCACGAAACACUUGGCCAGGGUCACUUCGGCUUCCUUCGCCAAACCCAUCGUCCAGGUUUAGUCAAAUAACAAUUUUUGGUGGCGGAACAGGUAGAUUGGUUCGUUUGAUUCCCGACAAUGGUGACCCUCACUCCGAAGCUGCGUCCAUAAAAGCACUCUUCAACCACCGCCUUCCUCCCGACCCGAAGGAAGCACGUCUGGAAUGGUUGGAGAUUGUUGAAUCUCUGCACCCUUUGUGGUAUCAAAUCUCAACCCCCAAGAAGGAGCUGAUAAGAAGUUUCUUGAACUUGGUCAAUCAAGAGAUUGUCAAAAGGAUGAGGCCGAGUUCGAGAUUCGACUUUUCGUCUGCAAGUAUUGGAAAUUUGUUCUUGACCGGGUGUGUGUUUUCCUUCUCUCUCCUUCAGACCCUGAGACGAUUGUAUGAAGAUAUGACGAAGAUUGUAGCAGCCACUAACACUGCAAACCCAGCGNCCCGCCUCUUCUCCGGCAGCUUGGAAUCCGCCAUCUACCUUCUCAGCAGCGUCUGCAACGUACCCACAUCCAUGACCGUCCUCCCCGCCAUAAACACAAACUUCUCUCACCACAUCUCUGUCUCUUUGGCAGACGGCACGCACAUCACAGGUCAAAACAACAUCUCCCACCCUCUAGCCCCUUCCUCCGCCAUGCCUGACCCCCAAGCCCCACCUUCUCCCACCCGCAUCCGCCGAGAAACCGAAGAACACGACAAUGUCGAAGAUGCAAAUCUCCCUGGCUCACUACCUUCUCUUCGCCGCCCCGCCAUCAACUUUUCCAAACUCCAGGAAGAGGAUUUGCCGGCUAGGAUUCAGCGGUUGUGGUAUAUCAAUCCGUAUGGUCAGGAAAUGUCGCUGCCUGCGAACCCGCGCGUGUUGGAUGCUUUGGCUUCUUCUUCGACAGUCAUUUAUUCGAUUGGCUCUCUCUUCACCUCCAUCAUCCCGUCUAUAAUCCUCAGGGGUGUGGGCAAUGCCAUUGCUUCCCCCAAUAUCCGGAACAAGAUAUUGCUGCUCAACAGCAGUAUAGACAGAGAAACUGGUCCUUCAGCUACUCCUUUUACGGCGCUGGACUUUGUGGCUGCGAUUGCGAGUGCGUGUGCGGAGAGUAGGGGAUGGGGUAUACCAAAGGUCGAGGAGUACGGGAUCUAUGUCACGCAUGUGGUUUACAUGGAAAACCAAGGGGCGCCAAAGGUAGACAAGGAGGAAUUGGCCAAGGCAGGAAUUGAAGGGAUAAGAUUGUAUGGGUUGAGUGGGAGGUAUGACGAUAGGGCUUUGGAGCAAGCAUUAAAGAUGGUGCUUGGUAAGGGUGAACAAGGAAACGGGUUGAGUAGGAGGAAUACGUUACAGAGGUAG